GUGAGCAGUUCAUGCUUGGUGUACUGCAUAAUGCCGCAUAUAGCUAGAGUGAGCAUAACACUAAAAAUAAAUCCCCACUACUUGAUGUCAAGUGCGGUGUUGGCUAGUUGCCUCCCAUUUCAUUUGAUUACGGGAACUCCUGCCAACGCGCUGGUUGCAGCGUAUGGUAACAUUCCUCGUAAGAAAAUGAUGCUGGCGGGCACUGGUCUUUCAAUCAUCGGGAUUCUAGUGGUGUGGUUCACAGUCACCGUAUGGUCCAGAGCUAUUUGGCAUGAUAUAAACAUUUACCCAGAAUGGGCGAAUAUUCAUCAAUUUAUAAAGAAAUAA